AUGGACGAGAGUGAUAACGCAAAAUUGAACAAAGUAGACGAAAGUGAUAAUACUGAUAAUACUACAACGCCAUUGUUGUAUAAAUCGCCAUCAGAAAAGGAAAUGAACAGACAAAAUGAACAAUUCACAAAGACAGUGUUAUCAGAGGUGACAGUAAAUAUUGGAGGUGCACAGGAUUAUAGAUGUCUCUCAGUUCAAAAGAGUGAAAUCGGAAGUGCAAAAGUUAUUAUGGAAGGACAAAGUGACGUGACCAGUAAACGUAAGAAGUCAAAUGAGCAGGAAAAUCUUAAUCAGAUGAUGGGAGAAUCGUGGAUUCAGACACGUUGGGUCCGUCUGGGUGAAAGUAAUUCACGUAAGGUUAUACCAGUAAGAGGAGUAAAAACGGAUGAGAGAAACGAUUCAUCCGGCGAAGUGAGAGAGACGACUGACGUAAAUCAUUCGAUACCGGAAACGGAAAAUAAAAAAACUUCUCAAGCAAAUGAAGAUAUGGAAUGUGAUAUCGAAGAAGAAAAAGACGAUGAAAGAUGUGAAACUGAUGAGUUGGAGCUAAAAAAUCCUACAAAAGAAAAAGAAAUGGAAAUGAAAUUUGGGUCAGAUUUGAUGGAAACAAAGGAAUGUGUCACUGAUAAUUCCAUCAAAAAACGAAAAGAUAAGAAAGGAAAGAAAAGUUCCAAUGCUAAUCGAACCAAAAGAUUAAUUCCAAAUGAGAAAUACUGGAAGGCAUCUUACGAACAGGAAAGAAAAAUUGAAGAGUUUCACAAUGAAUUGAUAAUUCGAAGAGAUCAUUAUCAAAAACAACUGGAAGAAACUCGCAAUGAAAAAGAACGAUUGAAUAUAGAACUGUUAAAAGUUGAUGAAAAAAUUAGUACUUUGGAAAAAGCAACAAAAAAGUUGGAAAAUGAAAAUGCGAAAUAUUUAUCCAUCAUACAGGAUAUGCGAAAUAAUUCUGAAAGACAAUUGGAGGAGCAAACGAGUGAAUUAAGACAUUCUGUCAAAUUGCGCCAAAUGGCGAAAGAACAAUUGCAACGUUCAAAUGAAACAAUGGCAGCACAACUUGAAUUAGUGAUAAAACAGAAAUGUGAAGAUAAUUUGAAACUUUACACUCUUCUCGAGAAUAUUGAGGAAAAGUUUAGAGGCAGAAAAACUCAAGCGAUUCGAUCAGAGGAAUUUCAUCAACGAUUUCAGAAAAAAUUAAAUGACUUAUUACAGAAGUUUAGAGCUGAAGCAGUAAACACAGAUUUGACAUGGUUAGGUGAAGAGAAUAUUCAAUAUGCUGUAGAUUUUUUUGAGACAACAAUAAGAACUAUUUUACAAGAUGAACCUUGUUUUAAUCACUUAGUUGAACGAGUUGGUGUUUUCAUGGAUAUCGAGACAAGACAAGAUAAUAUGCAGUUACAGUUACCCAAGAAUGAUAGUGAGAAUGAAACAGCUAAAAGUCAUGAAUCACAUGAUUUAGCGACAUUCAAGAAAAAAUUCCGUAAGGAAAUUCGCUCAAUGUUGAAAGAAUAUAUGGAAAAGCAAAGAAAUGAACUUUCUCGAAAUAUUUCAACAGUAAUAAAUCACCUGGGAGAUGUUGAAAAAAAAAUUGAUGCUGUUUUAACGAAACGCGUUGAAAAUAUGAAAGCGAUGAUUACACUUAUGGAUCAUAAACAAAAUGAUCUUCGAAAAAUUGAAAAAGAAUUAGAUCAUAGCACUACUCUAGUGAAAUCAAUUUCUGAUGAAAGGAAAAUUCGACCAGAAAGAAAAGAAAAUUUAUGGAAAUUAAAUAAAGAAAAUUGUAAACUGAAAGAAGAUUGUAGCAGUCUUAAAAGUGGAUACACGGAGUUGGAAAAAAAAAUGGAAACUAUAGAAAAACUUCAAAAACAAUUCCUUCAUUCUUUUUCGGCACUAAAAUUAAUGGAUCAAAAGAUCACUUUAAUUGAUAGAUGCCAUAAACAAACAGUACCAAAAUCACCAGUGGAAACUUUUCAAUCUUCAACACUCCAAUGUACUACUGCUACUACUACCUCCAGCACUCCAGUGCACUACCCUCCGGAAAAUGAAAGACAUCAGGAAGAAAUUGUUCAUCGUGGACUGAUGGAAGAAAUAUCAGAAAAUGAAUGCAACAAAUGA